AUGUUUGAUAUAAUUCGCAAAUUUCUGAAUGAACGCAAAAGGAAUUUUGACCCAGAGAAACCAGUAAAAGAUUUAAUCACAGGUCUCCUUCAUGCCAAACUUGAAGCUGAAGGUGAGAGAAAUGAGUGUAGAACCGCCCUCCUAACUGAUGACUACUUCAUCAACACGAUUGAAGACAUGUUUGCAGCAGGCUAUGAAACCACAAGCACGACAAUGAAAUGGGUGCUAGCAUUCUUGGUCAAUUACCCAAGGUACCAAGAAGACGUUCAGCGACAGUUAGAUGAAGUAGUUGGUGACCAGACUCCUUCUUUGGAAAACCGGUCUCGUCUGCCUCUCAUCCAAGCGACCAUUAUAGAAGCCCUUCGAGUUGGAAACGUAGGUCCGCUUGCAGUUCCUCAUGUCACGCUCACAGACACAACCCUCUAUGGAUACAGAGUACCCAAAGAUACCAUCGUCUUUGUUGACACAGAAUCAGUUCAUUUAGAUCCCAAAUGUUGGGAAGAUCCCACCGUUUUUAAUCCGUACCGUCACAUUGACGAAGACGGGCAGUUAAUCACCAACCAAGGUAAUUUCUUCCCUUUUGGAGCUGGACGACGGGUUUGUGCAGGGGAAUCUCUGGCGAAAGUUGAGCUGUUUUUGUUCAUGUCGUGGAUGCUUCAGAAGUUUACCUUUGUUGCUGAAGAAGAUGGUCGUCCCCCAAAGUUGGAGGGAAUUUUCAACCUCACCCAAUUUCCAGUUCCCUACAAGAUACGCGCGAUCAAAAGAAAGUGAACAUGAACCCUGUUAUUCAGGGUUUCUGAGAUAGCAAGUAUAAAGUAAAAGCACAGUCUUAAUAAUGUCUUAACAUUACACGAGACGAAGAAUUGGAGUUAUUGGCCUUUUGAUCUUUGUCAAAGGUAAAGUCAUAUGUGGUAGUCGGCUCUGAAUUCACCUUUGACGCGUUUCAGUGGUGCCACCAAAUAUAUAACCUCUUUGCUUACUCCUUUGACCUUGGUGAAGGUGAAGUCAAAUACGAAACAAUUAUGACUUCACCUUUGACGUACGUCAAAGAUAAAGUCAAAUACAAAAACUACACUUUUACAACACUUUUGAUUUGAGUCAAAGUUGACACAAAAUAUAUGCAAUGAAUUCUUUCUUCGUUUUCAUGUAGAAACUGGUAAAAGAAAAGCUGUAAUACUGUUUACGAAGAUGUAAGCGACAAGUCGAAUAUCGAACAAGGCUGGUAAUUAUGGUAAUCGCUGUCUAAUAUCUAUUGUUAUGAUAAAUAUUUCCCCAUUUCUGAUUGGGUAAAACCACACGCAUAAUUCACCAUAACCGGUGGCUAAACUGUCAUAUUGAACCGAUGACGUCAUCGGUUCAAUAAUUUGUCAUACUGAACCAUUGACCGAGGAAACUUGGGAACGAAGUUGAGUUGUUUUUGUUGUCUGAACAAAAUGGCGGAAAUCUCGGGCGGACAUUGUACUCGUUUCACGGCGAAAUAUUGUCUAAAAACAUAGCAAGAACAGCGAGAAGUCAACUCGACGGACAACACCUGCUAUUUAGAGUAUAUUUGCAGACCUGAGCAGACCUUUAUCUGCAAAAUUUCCCCCCAAAAAUGCACUAUCCAUGUGAACUUAACAUCGAGGCAAGCAUUUUUAGCUUGUUUUUAAAGUUGGAAUUAUUUUGAAUGAAUAAUAAAGCAAUAAUUGAAUUCGGCUAUCGCAGGAUAUGAAGAAUUCUGCAGAUCUCGGAGGGUGUUAUCCAACUCCGCCUUCGGCCUCGCUGGAUAACACCCUCCUCGAUCUGCAGAAUUCUUCAUAACCUACUCAGCCUUAUCAAUAAUUGCUAAUUGAAAGUGCUCUGGAAUAUGUACAUUUUCGAAGUAAAAACGUUUUUCAUAGACCAUUUUCCUCUUGAUCGCUGAUCAAUACAAGAUGAUCACCACCGACGUUAUUACCUACUACCGCACUAUCGGACGAUGGGAGGCUGGAUCCUACCGAACACCCUGUUUUUGGCGCGAAAUGUUUUAUAAAAAGGAAAACUGUUUAUCUUCACUUGACUCGCGACGGUUUUCUUCUGCUUUUUUGACUCUUAGCAGUAAUUAUUUACCAUUUUCAUAUUGCAUCACCAUUGUUUUUAAUUUCUCUCCCGACGAGUGUUCUCCCCAGGGGAAAUUGGAAACAAUGGUUAUGUAAUUCUUUUCUUGGUGGAGUGUUUGGGGGGGUUGGGAUAGGGGGUAAGUAAGGGGUAUUAUGGGCAAUAAUGAAAUAAUAGAAAGAUCAUUUAGAGGCCGUUUGUUACAAAUCUUCUUUAAAAGGGUUGUGUCAGGACUGAAUAGUUCAUUUUGUUUAUCUAUGCCAGUUACACAUUUGUAUUAGCUGCUAUUAAUUUUUAGAAACUACUUUUGAAUGGCAAAAUCAAGCAUUUUAUCAAAAGUUACAAACAACAAAAAUGAACUUUGAAAAAAUGUUAGGCUAUCAAGUUUUCAAAAAUCACAAUUGGAAUCUGUUUCAAUCUUCUUCAAGUUUGUCCUUCCACGCUUCCUUUUGUAAUUGCUAUGGUAUUUAUACUUUUUUUAACGUUCUGGGCCCGGUUUAAGUUAAACCCAGCAUUAAGCCAAAUUUCAAGCAAGAUUGUCUCGUCUAACUCAACUCGAGGUUACAAUCUACUGUUGAGCCUUUACUACGAGAUACGGUAAUGAUAACACAAUGUUACCUUCAACAAUGCAUAGGAAUGUAAAAUACAAAAACGCAACAAAAUUAUAAUCCUGGAUUAACGCUAAUCGGCCUUUCAGGAACUGUGACCUGAGCGGUUAUUUUGAAGUUCAAUUUGAUGGCAGUUCCCACUUUUUCAGUGAAGUUUGAUAAAUUUCGUGACACAGCUCCUUUAAGCUAAAUAAUAAAGCAUUAGAGUAAAGUAAAGUAAAACCUUAUUUACACAGGGUAGCGCAUUCAGCUCUAAGGCUGGUCUCCAUAGGGGUCCUGUAUCUUAAAAAAUUAAUUUAGAUUAAGAAUUUUCAUGAACUAUUACAUUUAAAGAGCCUUAAGAGGAGGGGGGGGUUAGAGGGGGGUACAAUUUUCUAAGAGGCUUGAUUUUGGGGGGUCAAUUUUAAAAAUGCGCAAAAUGUGAGGGGGGUCGAAAGAUUAAGACACAGGACUGGCCCCUUAUGUACCAUAUUUAUGUUUCCUUCAAAACUACUGUAGACAGAAAAAUACGCUUUGGCGGUUCUUUGUCAGCAAAAAAAUGUUACCCGUACAAAGCUUGGCCCUGGAACCUAUCAGCUAUUUCUCCUGCCAGGAAUCAAGAGAGGAUAAAGCUCUAUUCUCUCUUGCAGGAGUAUAGUGUACAUGUACGCACAUACGCCUAUGCAUACUGUUGGAAUCUGGAAAAGUACACAGCUUUUUUUAUUUCCUGAAAGCAUUUUUAUCAUUAAAUCGGGAUAAAUAUUUCGCAUUAUAUUGGUGCUUUUGUGUUAGAAUUUCCUUUAUCCUUUUACUGAUUACGUGGAGUGAAAUGGAUCCGAAUGGGGAGCCACAGACCUUGAUUGAGACUUUUGUCCAAGCCAACUCCAAUUCUAUCACGGAGUAUAUCUGUCAACAUGCACAGCUGAGCCUAGCCUCAGCAGUAUGAAGAGACUGCAAACUCCUUUACGAGGGACCAUGACAGAAGAGAGAUUGAGUUCCCUUGCAAUUCUGCAUAUGAGCACAAUGACGUAAUUGAUAUUGAUGGCAUUAUAACAGAGUUUGCCUGUCUGAAGGGUACACAUUUCGCCCUUUGCUUGUAACCUCCUUAAUGGCGUCACUGUUUUACUCUUUUUUGCCGUAAACACUGUACCUUACCGAUAAUACUAGAGAUGGCUAAAAUAAACAACUAAUUACUGCAUUUUCCUUCGUCUUUAUGUACCAAAAAUAUCAAAUGCAGGAAACGCAAGAGAUGGACUCCCUCAGGUUUGAGGCGCCUUCGGCGCGCUAACUUUUUCCCUGCGUGCAGCUUCAAAAUCUCACGUUACACUGCUGACUACCGGUAUCUUACAGCUUAUGAAAUCAAUGCCCAAGGAUGGAAGAAGAGACUUGGUCUAGAAGGGGUUGGAAGGGGGGCAGUGCAUUUCAAAAACUGUUUUUGCCAAGGGGGGGGUAAAACUUUCAUAUGUAAUUAUUAUAUUUUGGGGGGGUAAGGAAGGUUUUAAUACACCACACUUUUUUGGCCCCUCCCCUGGAUCAGCCACAAUAGCUGGUCUGAUGCUUCAGAUGGGCGAGAGCAACGUGUGAUGAUCCCUGCAGAUUUGUUCUGUAGGCGCUGUAGUCGAUCUAUAUCUUGGUGUUGAAGGUUACUCCAGGCAAAGUCACAGCAAUCAAAUAACGGAAGAAUUAAAGCGUUGUGAAUAAGUUGCUGCCUCUUUUGUGACGAAACUUCUAACACGGCCCAGGAUACUAACUCUUGACGCCACCUUUUUACACACAUAGUCCGUGUGUUGUCCGCUUGAGCCCUCCAAGUCAUAAAGUUGUCGAACCGUGACCACGCCAAGGUAUUUAAAAGUAGUUUCGCAAGAUAUGAACUUUCCGAGAAAACUAAGAUUUAAAUUGCAAUCACGCUCUAUAUGCCUUUGAGAUGUAAAUAGUACACACUUAGUUUUUGAAACAUUGAGCACGAGAUUAGGAGCGAUUUUCUUCUACUUCUCUUUUGUUUCUUAUUUUCCUUUUUAUUAGAAUUGAUUGCGCUAUGGGCAGUGGGAAUAACCAAUACUUCGCCAUGGUUAUCGACCAUGAUUGGCAUAGGACAAGAUUGCAAAUCAAGUUGUCUCGUGAGAUAAUUCACGGUAUGCCACUCGAACGUGACUCGAAGGCAUGGCAUGCAUAACUAGAAUUUGCCAUGAUUAUAAAAGUUCGGUAGCAUGUUUUGGUCGUCGGCACUUUGAUAAAGGUGAUUAAUUCUGUUUAUUUUGGCAGAAGAAAAGUAGGGUGAGAGACCUGUUCUAGUUAAUUAGUUAAUUUUUUCAAAUUUGUGUUGUUGAUCAUUACUGGGGGCCGUUGCGUGACUGCCUUUAAGCAAAAUUAGAUAGACGCUUUUGCUCAGCGGUCAUCCAGUAUUAAAUGAGCUGAUCAGUGAUUCUAUCACAACACUACCAUCCAACAUGGUCCUUGCCACGAUUUACAAUUUCUUAAGCCUCGGAAAUAUUCUCCUUUUGUUGCUUUUGUUUUUCAUUUUACAUUACCUGAUGAUCCUGUACGAGUUCAGAAACAUGCCUCCAGGUCCGCGCUUUACUACUCUUCCCAUAUUAGGAAACUUUCUUUCCCUCGACCUCAAGGCGAAGAAACUUAACGAUGCUUUCCAAAGGUCAGUAAAAAUGUGUAAUGCCCGUUUCACCCAUUAGGGUUAAUACAGCAAACGUUUCGUCGAUAAUUCACAGUAUCAGAGCAACUUGCUUGAGGAGUGCCUGAAUUUGCAAGCCGUUAGUAGGAAUAGAAUAAUUCGCUUUCAUUUAAUACCUCCUAGUUUGGCGUGCAUGUUAAAAUGAUUCUCCGACGGUUUACGCUCUUCAAGAGCCAACCUUUGGCCAUCGGAGAAUCGGGCUACGUACAGGUACGUGCUCAAUGUAGCGUUUUUAGCCUAUAUAUCUCUUUUAGAAGUAAAAAAACUCCAUGAACGUGACAAUGUUUUUUCUUUCACAGUCCCAGUUAGUUAAGGUCGACUGACCCGCUUUCUACCAAUAACAUGUAAAAACAAUAGUGAAUAUUGUAAGUUAACAAAUAGAACCUCAUGUUAAGAUUUGAUUGAUUCUUGGUCCAGAGUGAACCGAACUUUCUGCUUACCAUACGCCAAAGUUUGUUCCAUCUACUGUUAUAAUCAAAGGCUCCUAGGAACGAGCUCAUGGAUUAAUUGAAUCGUAAACGAGCAUGGGUGCAAAGUGCCACUGCUCUUGAAUUUCGUGAUUAAAUUUCGUUAUUGUUGACAACCGAAUGUUGAAGAUUAUUACCUCUGUAUUUAUAGUUAGUAGAAGGCUUGAGAAACAUUCCGUUUUGAAAUUCAUUGUUUUAAACUUCUUGGGCAUUGUAACAUAUUCACUUUCCACCUUAGUUUUUCUUUCUCUGUGUGUUGGUUACUUGAUAGAUCAUGUUUACAUUCUUUAGCAUUUGGUUUUUGACAUCUGCUUUUUGGCAUACAGUGUCGGUUUUAAAAAGCAUUUCGUAUUUCGUCAGCAUUUCUUCGGUAACUUUUUGGCAUCUAUAUAGCACUCACGCUUUUAAGGGAGCUAGAUCCUUGCCCGAAGCUGUACGUGUUCUGACCUUAGGAAUUCAAACCCGACACAGUCGAAGUAUCUGAUUGCAUGCAUGUGCACCUGAAUAUUCUAGAAACUUGUUAUCAGCGCAGCAAUUCUACUUAACGCUUUUUACUUGUAAAAUAAUUUGCUUUCUCAUGUGAACGUCAACGUCGCUUUACAAUUCGAGGAUCUUUUCUUUGCAGCUAAGGCUCUUUGGCUUAUUCGCUUUUCGCUGAACGAAAUCCCAUCGUCAGGCUUCGAUAGUUCUUUCACACUCCUGUCGAUCGCAUCUUCUCCAUAUCAAGUAAUAUCGAGAACAAAUGUGCACAAUUCGUGCAAAUAUACAACAAUGAUCCGCGCUCAAUUAUUUCAACGUCCUUUUAACAAUUCCAAGUCCAUUCCUUCGAGAUGAUAUUGUCAGUGUUCUUUAGAAUAUUUCCACUACAAAAACCCGUCAUCGGCUGGCUACUCUUUUGUGUGGGGAAAAAAUGUACGCCUUACUAGUACCCUCUAGAAUAUGCCAAACAUAUGCGUAAAAGGCACCUGGAACAAAAGUAAUACUAAGUAAGGGAGGUAAGAGUAAAGUGUUUAAUUUGACUUUAAUGAAUAAAUUAAUGAGAAUCGAGUGAGUGAGUGAGUGAGUGAUCGAGUGCCGUUCGAGUGCCUCCGAAGAUGAACUUGAGGCAAGAAAAUCGCUCAAAGCUUUCUUUCACAGCCAGAAUUAUAACAAAAUAUUCUUUGGAACGCCUUUCUUUCUAUUUUCGGUGAGAAAAUGUCUAAAGGCUUUUUAAAGUUCUGUAAGCUCACAUCAAACCUGAUACUCGGUCAGAUCCGAUUGUCUCAAAUUUUACAAACGUGCAUAAACUAAAUAAUCGCAUAAACUACGCUCGACUUCGUUAAAUUAGACGUUAGAAACAAACAUAAAAUACAAUAAUUACUCAGGCUUACCAUUCAAGAUGCAGCUUCUGGAAGCUAUCAAGUGAGGUUAGAAUCGCUUCAGACUUUUCAACCCUCUUAUGUAUCAAGCAAGGUGAAAAAAGAAAACGAUGCCAUCCGAAAUCGGAUUUCCGACUUUGACAAGUGAAGUAUUUCUAAACCAAAAACCCAAUAGACAAACUAGCCAUGAAUAACAGAAGACUCUUGAUAACAGCCGAAUUUCAUUUUGUACAUCCAGUAGAAUUGAAAAGACAGUUAAAAACAUCACAAGUUGACACAAAACUUUGUCAGCUUCAGCUGUCAAAGUAAGCAAGUUUCAAGAUGCUGCAUAAAUUUUCCGCAUGGACUCACCUGUCAAGUUUUGACCAAUCAGAGCAUAAAAAUUGGACGUAGAGCGUGACCAACGCGUGACCGUGGUGAGAAAAGUCAAAAGCAGCUGUCUUCCCUGCCUGUAAUAGCUUACAGAAUUUUCGCGUCCGAGGUCAGUUUGAAUAAUUGUGCAGCACACAAACACAACAUAUUUCAUGAAAUAAAAAAGUAAUAAUAAGCUUGAGCCCGCGAUCAUUUGAAAUUUAGUAACUUGUCAGUGGAAAACUUCAAAAAAUACUCGACCUCGACGGGUGAACACGUGAGCCCGCGAUACCGUCAGAUGAUACUAGUCAGCGGAUACUCUGUUUCGACAGCUGUCAAUUGAUCACAACAUUGAUGUGCACUAUCAGUUUUCCUGUGCUUCCAAACUACCUGGAAAGUGUGAGAUUGAACAUUGGUUUCCCUGUGGUGCGAACGGACGGUCGGUCGGGGGCAUGGUCACGUGAUUAUUUUAAUGAGUGGCUGUGCAUCUGAUACAACAGACAGCUAAAAUUUUCAAGGUUUCUAAAUGAAAGUACAAGAAUAAAUAGAUCUACAUCAGAAGGACAAACGUUUUCGAACCGUACAAUAAACUCACUGUACUCAAAAUACUGCGGUAGGACUCCGCGUAAGACUGGCGAACAGCUCUUAAACCAGGAUGGCAGUUUUGUCCAGUCCUCUUUAUGAAAAAUCAAGUGAGCUAAGCGAUCGUUUUUCAUUUGUUUCAAACUAUCUUCUGCCUUUUUUCAAUGUCCUAUACACGAUUAUCAAUUGUGCCAAGUUUGAAAAGAAUCUGGACAGUUUAUCCUUUUUUGGGGAAUUACUUUAGUUUAUGUCAACCCAAAUUACUGUUUGGCUCGUCUCAUUUAAAAUUUAAUUUUUGGCCUACAUGUACGUAGUCGAUGUGCCGUUCCGCUUAAUCUUCUGCAAAAUAUAACUUUUGAAACUUGUAGAACUCAUAAGAACUCUCCGUAGUCAAGUACAAAGAACAUAACAUAAUCAUUUCCUUGUAGUAGAUAUUUCAGAAGAAAGCAUAAUAAAUUGUUGCACAAACAAUACCACUCUACUUUUCCUCCAGUCUCAAAGACAACUAAGGCCGCGUAUUCUCGAUGAAACUUGGAAGCUACAAGUUCGUUAUGGCUUCAACUCCUGAUGCUGUUAAGGAGGUGCUCAUAAAGACAUCCGCUGACUAUGCUGGGAGACAACAAACAUACUCGUUAAUGGAAGGAACACUUGGUAUGUAAUUUGGAAACAUUUAGGCGAUCGUGAUGUCGCUCUAAUUUAAGAAAAAAAUUCAUAAAUAUUGAAAAGGCAUCUUUUAUAAGAUGAGUACAUUUCACAUCCAAGGACCUUUGUUACACAAUUCGUUCAAGACAAAACUCGGGGGCGGGAUUUGAGUUCAGUCUCAGGUAGUAAAUAUGGGGUUGAAUUACAUCCAUCAUUCAUCAUAGUUUAAAUGUCUCGAUCACCUUUUUGUACCUAUGAGGCUGGUUUUCACACCAAUACAAGACCAGAAAAACCGUCACUUGAAAUCAUUGCUAUUAAAAAAAGUGUCAUAUUUUCCCCCUUUCUGAAUGUUUCAGGAGGUAAAGAUAUUAUUUUUGGUAACUAUGGUCCUGGCUGGAAGCUUCAUCGCAAGCUGUUUACCACAGCUCUUCGCCAGUACCUCUCGGACAUCCCCCUGAUAGAAAGACGUGUUAAUACACAAGCCGAAAAGUUAGUUCUCUCCAUGGAGAAACAGCAAGGACAACCCUUUAAUCCUGCAGAUUGCUUGAUGCGUGCUGUUGCCGAUGUUAUUUGUGGCAUCACAUUUGGAGAAGGUUACGACACAAGCAAUCCAGAUUUGAACAAGCUUUUGAAAUUAAACGUAGAAUCAGUAGCGAAUGCUGCUGAUUCUCAGAUGGCCACGAUUUUAGAUUUUUUCCCCUUGGCACAGUACUUGCCAAUAAAAGUUUAUGAACGCUUUUUAAGCUCCUUCUUUGAAAUGUUUGAUAUAAUUCGCAAAUUUCUGAAUGAACGGAAAAGGAAUUUUGAUCCAGAGAAACCAGUAAAAGAUUUAAUUACGGGUCUCCUCCAUGCCAAACUUGAAGCUGAAAGUGAGAGCAAUGAGGAUAGAACCGCCCUCCUUACUGAUGACUACUUUAUCAACACGAUUGAAGAUAUGGUUGCUGCAGGCUAUGAAACCACAAGCACGACAAUGAAAUGGGUGCUAGCAUUCUUAGUUAACUACCCAAAGUACCAAGAAGCCAUUCAACUGCAGUUAGAUGAAGUAGUUGGUGACCAGACUCCUUCUUUGGAAAACCGGUCUCGUCUGCCUCUCAUCCAAGCAACCAUUAUAGAAGCCCUUCGAGUUGGAAACGUAGUUCCACUUGCAGUUCCUCAUGUCACGCUCACAGACACAACCCUCUGUGGAUACAGGGUUCCUAAAGAUACCAUCGUCUUUGUUGAUACGGAAUCCGUCCAUUUAAAUUCCAAAUGUUGGGAAGAUCCCACCGUUUUUAAUCCGUACCGCCACAUUGACGAGGACGGGCAGUUGAUCACCAACCAAGGUAAUUUCUUCCCCUUUGGAGCUGGACGCCGGGUUUGUGCAGGGGAAUCUCUGGCGAAGGUUGAGCUUUUUUUGUUCUUGUCGUGGAUGCUUCAGAAGUUUACCUUUGUUGCUGAAGAAGAUGGUUGUCCCCCAAAGUUGGAGGGAAUUUUUAACCUCACCCAGUUUCCAGUUCCCUACAAGAUACGCGCGAUCAAAAGAAAGUGAACAUGAACCUGAACAUGAAUUUUACAUAUUUAUUAGAUUGUAAAUAGUUGUGUAUUUUAUGAGGGCCACAAGUUUAUUAGUCUUUGGCCAUUAAGUGCUACCCCCUUUAAAUAAAGGCUUUAUUAUUAUUAUUAUUAUUAUAUAUAACCCUGUUAUUCAGGGUUUCUAAGAUAGCAGGUAUAAGGUAAAAGCACAGUCUUAAUUAUGUCUUAACAUUACAUGGGACGAAGAAUUGGAUUUACUGGCCUUUUGAUCUUUGUCAAAGGUAAAGUCAAAUGUGGUAGUCGGCUUUGAAUUCACCUUUGACGUGCUUCAAUCAGUGCCGACAGAUAUAUAACCUCUUUACUUACUCCUUUGACCUUGGUGAAGGCGAAGCCAAAUACGUAACAAUUUUAACUUCACCUUUACGUACGUCACAGAUGAACUCAAAGAUGUGGUGGCUGUGCAACACUUUUGAAGCUAAUUUAUACAACAGUAUAAAUUGGAGUUAAUGUGAUAACCAUAAACCCGUCCUUAUCAGUAGUGGAAUCAGCUCACUUCCUUUCAGGGGUCACUUCCUGCAUGUGACCCCUGUCACACUAAUUGUUUCGCUCAGCCAAUUAGAUGCCAGCUAUCACAUGUACAGUUGAUGCCUAUAUUUUCGCGCCUAGCUCAGCAAAAUAGCACUUCAUAUUCUUCUCUUCGUGGAACAAAAUCCCAUCCCACCCUCCCUUAUUACUGCUUGAUUCUCUCUGCUGGUUUUCUUAAGGUUUUAUAGAUGAGGUCUUUUCUCUUGUUGAAAAAUUUAAGAAGCUGCUUAUACUUUUUGCAGUCAUACGAACUACUGAUCUUUGUUGUUUAUACUUUGAAUCAAUUGGCAAUUAUCAAGAAGAUAUGGCAGAAAAGAGGUGGGUUUUCUACUGAGGGGAAUCAUCGUACCCGGCAUCGUAACAUGCUUGUGCACUUAGUUACUUUGGGCCUUAUUUUGAUUAUUAAGUUGAUAAAAGUUUAAUUGUCAUUUACUUACAACUUCUAUUAAUACAUUUUCGUCUAACCUCUCUCCCUCGAGGUUCAUGUUAAGUGUCUGGCUCUGCUUUCGGGAGGGUUCAGGUUUCCCUCAAAAAUAAGUGAGGGUUUUUCCUGACGGGCAGCAGGCACGCAAUCCUAGCUUAAAUUAGUGAUGAUAUCUGUAUUGAGAGUCGUUGGCAAUUAAUAAACAUGGUUCGGGAUGAAGUGCUCCCAUACAGGUCACACUUUGCCCCAUAGACUCUUGUUACUCCUUAAACCGGGGAAUUAGACAUCUAGAGAGGUCUUUCCACCUCUCCAGUACCCAAGGGGGAUUAUCACCUCCACUCACAACCUUGGGGGAUUAUCAACCCCUAGAGAGGAUUAUCACCUAGCUUCUCACUAUCCUGGGGGAUUAUCACCCCCAAGAGAGGAUUAUCACCUCUCACUAUCCUGGGGGAUUAUCACUCCCUAGAGAGGAUUAUCACCUCUCCCCUUGUAGAUUUAGGACUGUUACACCAAUAUGUAGAGAAAAGUGACCUGCUGUCCAUAUUUGGAGUACUUCAUCCCUUACCCCUUUUUUCCCCAUAAUAAUUCUGGUCUAGUUACUUGCUUUAUCUAAGGGGUUAUGGGUUGAGAGCAUUAAUGCUUGUUAAAGGUCAAAUACAAAAACUUCACUUUAUAACACUUUUGAUUUGUGUCAAAGUUGACAGCCUAUAUGCAAUGAAUUAUUUCUACGGUUCCAACACUCAUGUCGAACUCUGAUUAAAGCAAAGCUGUACUACUGUUUAAGAAGAUUUAAGCGACAGGUCAAAUACCGAACAUGGCCGGUAGUUAUGGUAUUCGCUGUGUUAUAACUAUUUUUUAAAGUGCCCCGGAAUAUGUAUAUUUUCGAAGUAAAAACGUUUUCUUCUGUGCUGUAUUGAAUGCACCGGCAUUUUCCUCUUGAUGGAUCAAUUCAAGAUGAUCACUACCAACGUAAAAACACCCUGUUUUUUUGGGCGCGAAAUGAUGAUGGGAACGUCAUGUGGCCUGACGUUUAUUGGGAAAACGGC